AUGACCGACCAUCAAAACCGCUGCAAUUGCCCCGAACAAGAAGCAGUGACGCCAUCCCGCAGUCCCCAACAACCCGUGAUUUUGACGCUGGGAUCUGAGUCCCUAAGUGGACAACUGAUCGGUGAUGCUUCUUGUUUGAUAGGCGAAGUAAUGAAGGAGCGCAAUGUCACAAUCUCAAUGGUCGGCAAUUCCACGGUGAUCAUAUGGGGAAGUUGUCAGGAAUUUCAACACCGAUACGAUACCGUACGUCACCAAUACACCCUGGUUACAGCACAAAACAGUUGA